AUUAGAUUAUAUAAUUUAACAUAAACGUGUUUACAUUGAAAUAAACAGUAGGUGAAAUCAACACCGCCGUUGUGUUUGUUACGUUCCGACGGUACAACGUUAACCUACUUUAGGAGACAAAAGCCAUAGGCUGUUUUUAGGGUCAUUAAAUGUUUAAAUCCCCCCUGUGUGAUCUGAUCAGAUUACAGUCUAGCUGUGAGAUCCUUGUUAGUUAGUUAUUCAUUUGGGACUAGACAACUAAACAACAUGACCGAUUUAAAUUGCCGGUCUAAUUCUCUUGCAUAUUCACUAGCUGCGUUUGCUUUCCUUGUAUCUUCAACAUGUCUUUUUUACAGACCAGUGAUUAUAACAAGGAUGGGGAAUUUCAUGUCGGCAACGCCUGGGUUGUCAAGCUCAGCAUGUACUCAGUUCGUCCAGGAUGUUGUGUCCAGUAACUGUGUUGUGAUAUUCUCCAAAACCACGUGCCCAUACUGUAAGAUGGCGAAGAAUGUCUUUAAUGAGAUUGGAGCAACAUAUAAAGUUGUUGAGCUAGAUCAGCACAAUGAUGGUGGACGUCUCCAGGAGACCUUAGCGCAAAUAACAGGUGCCAGAACAGUGCCAAGAGUCUUUAUUAACGGGCAGUGCAUUGGAGGAGGCACAGAUACAAAGCAGCUCCACCAGCAAGGAAAACUUCUGCCUCUUAUUGAACAGUGUAGGCCGUGCUGUUUGAGUACCAGCCCUGAGGGCUCAGGCAACGCUCAAUAUCAACAUAAUCAGUCAUAAUGUUUUGUAUUAUGUGUUCAAACUUGUUGGUCACCCUUGAACAGCCCAAACAGGGGUUAAGUAGAUGUGUUUUAAUAUGUAUGCUGUUGUCGGGAAAAUAAUUAACUUUCCUAAUUGAUUGACAUUGUUGUGUUUAUUGUUAUCUUGGGGUUGUUAUGCACUGUAUGUUUUCUUGUAAAAUAAUACUAAAUGGCAUUACACCAAGCAUUUUAGAUGAUUUUAUUUUUGACCUGAGUUACGAAUUCUCAGUAUUCAUUUGUGUACAUACAGGUUUAAAAUAAAGUAUUAAAGUCUUUUACAAAAAUGUUGGUAUUCAUUUUUCUGGUGUAAACACACAAACACCCACUGGUUUGAAAUAAAACCUUAUUUUUCA